UAGAGGAACAUUUCAAAAGUCCCUUCCCCCGGAAAAGGGGAAUUAGGGUUUUCCUUCCUCCCUUGCUUUCCCCCUCCGUCUCUUGCAAAAUCUGGCAUUUUGGCAUCUAAUUGGCGACAAUGAAGAUACUCCGCCAGUCAAAUUCAGAUAGAAUCAGCAACCUUCCAGCCAACGUAAUAGAGCGCAUUCUCCAGUUCUUACCCAUAGAAGAUGCUGCGGAAACGGCAACGCUAUCGGCACAGUGGAGCCAAAUUUGGGCAGGUACUCCUAAACUCGUGUUGAAUGGCUUUCUUGCUCGAAUCCAUGACCACGGAGACCAUCCCUCGGAUUCGUAUAGGUCGAUGUUGAACGUCUACAAAUUUCUGAUGCUUCAUGAUGCAAAGAUAGAUAACUUGGUGCUUAAAUUUCCUGGAUUAAGGCCCUCCCCUGACAUCGAUCACAUGAUUCUCUACCUCUCCAAGAAAGGCGUCGAGGGUUUGACCAUUAUUUUCACUGAUGACGACGACAUCGACUACAGUACUUGCCCGAAAAGUGGCCGCAAUAUCCCCAACUCCCUUUUCUCUGCUCGCCAACUCAAGUUUCUGAAGCUGCAUGGUUGUGGAUUUCAGGCACCAUCUUGCUUUGUGGGAUUUGGCAGGCUGAUCACUCUUGAACUCAAGAAAGUGCACUUGGGGCCUAAUUUUUUCAACAAAUUCAUCCCCAAGUGCUCGUGUCUAGAAUAUCUGAGCCUUAUAGAGUGUGAAUUGGAUGGUAAAAAGGCCGAAAUCGUGGCUCCUUCUCUCAUUACGCUUAUCUUCAACUCGGAUUACCGUAGUAUCUGCUUCAAGAAUACCCCACUUCUUUCAACGGUGAGUACCCUACAGGAUUACAAAUAUUGUUACGAGGAAACGUCAUUCGAGGUGGAGGAGGAUAAGCCAGAUAUAGCUGCUGUAUUUGCUUCUCUCCCAGCAAUUGAGGAGUUGAAUGUUGGCACUGAGUUCUUCCUGCUCUGUACUGCAGGGCACGUCCCCUACAAGCUUUCCACUGAGCUGCUUCAUCUGAAAGAAGUCAUAAUAGUUAAUGUCUUGCUGAGCAGUUUGCCGGAGGCUCGAAUUUUUGUUUGUCUCAUCAUGAGCUCCCCCAACUUGCAUAGACUCACUAUUUCGCUCGAUGAUGAUAACGAUGACCAUCAGCCCACAGAGGUUAUUGGCAGCUUACAGAUGGUGUUGGAAGCAGAGGAAAUCCCUGCCACUUGCUUUCAGUGCCUAGAAGAGUUUAAUAUGCACGACUGUCGGGGUACAAAGAUUGAGCUCGAACUACUGAGGUUUGUACUAGCAACUGGCCCCGUGCUUCGUAAGAUUACCAUUGAACCAAAUGAUGGAAUGGACUCCAGCAAGGGUCUCGAUUUCUUGAUGGAGGUAACACAAUGUAGACGUGCUUCCAAGGAAGCAGAGGUUAUAUAUCUCAAGUCACAUGAACGAUGAGGUUGGGAGUCGCAUUGGGGUUGUUGUGGCGGUCAUCUUCCUAUUUCAGCUCUCUCGAAUUGGAAUGCAUGUUUAUAUUUCUGUGUUUCUGUAAAACUGAUGGAAGGAUGUCUGGGUCUUAGCCUUAAUUUUGGAGGGAGGGGAGGAGAGCUUUUGGACGAGAAGUAUGGUUUAUUUGCUUCUCUCUAAGGUUGGUAAACGUUUAUCUUGUUAACGGUCUAAUCGAAC